AUGUCAGUGCCGUCACUCCCCACUGCGAAAGCAAUCCAGGUCGACACCCGGGGUGCGCUAAUACUUGACGAGGGGUCCCCAGAGACCAGGGAUAGUAGAGGGAUCUAUCUGCCAAACUAUGUCGAGCCUGUGUCGCAUAUUGCCGUGGACAUUGGCGGGUCAUUAGCCAAAGUCGUGUACUUCACCCGUUCGCCCGACCCACCUGCUUCGCCAUCAAUAGUAGCGACAAGAGGAUCGAGCACGGUCGGUGAUGCCUUCACACCAGGUUCCUCGAGUCCCCUUUCCUCUUCGCCACCACGAGACAAUCCGCUCUCCAGCUCUCCACCCAACCCAAGAAUAAAUGGUGCUCUUACUCCUGCAAUCCUAGACGGUUCGCACCACGGCAAUGGCCACCCACCAACGGCGAACGGACUCGCUGCGCUGGAUCAGCUCGACCACAGUGCGCUGCACGAGUCGCUGUUACGACGAGCCUCGGUGCAGCACUUCCCGGGCGGGUCCCUCAACUUUGAACGCUUUGAGACGGAACACAUAGACGACUGCGUCGAGUUCAUCCAGUCGCUCAUCGAACGCUCGGCGCAGCUGAACAGCGUGUCUAUCGAGGAGAUGCGCCAGAGCGUGAAGAUCAUGGCGACCGGCGGCGGUGCGCACCGGUUUCACGAGCUUUUCUCCGACCAGUUGCACGUCGAAGUCCGACGCGAGGACGAGAUGGAGUGUCUCAUCGAGGGCCUCAAGUUCAUCACGCUCAUCCCGGACGAGGUCUACUACUUCUCAGACGAGCUCAUACACUCGGUUUCGCAUUCGACGAAGGGGUGUUUGAACGGGAAGGAUGGAGUCUACGAGCGGCCGAGUCCCGAUCCCCCAAAAUACGCUGUCUCAUUCGAGUCGAACCCCACACCGCAACUACCCUGCCUUCUCGUCAACAUCGGCUCGGGUGUUUCAAUCAUUAGAGUUGACGAAGACGGUUCGUUUGAACGUGUGAGCGGGACGAGUCUUGGGGGAGGAACUCUGUGGGGACUUCUCAGUCUAUUGACGCCUGCAACAACGUUCGACGAAAUGCUCGCGCUUUCCGAAGAGGGAGAUAAUGCAACAGUCGACAUGCUCGUCGGUGACAUUUAUGGGCAAGACUACAGCCGACUCGGUCUCAAGUCGACCAUGAUCGCGAGUUCAUUUGGCAAGGUCUUUUCAAAAAAGAGUGGCAAGAAGGGUACAUUCUCGGCGGAGGACAUCAGCAAGUCGCUGCUAUACGCUGUGUCAAAUAACAUUGGCCAGAUUGCGUACAUGAACGCCGAGAAGUAUGGCCUAGAUCGGAUAUAUUUUGGAGGAUGCUUUAUUCGGGGCCAUGCUGCGACGAUCAGCACUCUGUCGUACGCUAUCAGGUUCUGGAGUAAAGGAACCAAAAGAGCGCUGUUCCUCCGACACGAAGGGUUCUUGGGAGCAAUUGGCGCUUGGAUCAAGAACUUUGGUGAAGAGGACGUACGAGGAGAGCGGCGGUGAGGGUUGUCGGAGGCUGGACAACACACUUCUACUCAAACACUAACGGGAAAGGGCUGCACAGCACUAAGAUAUUUAUGGAAGAGAUCAAUCAAGCCCCGGACGCUGUACCUCGUCAUGUCUGGAAUUUCUGAGCUGCUCGUCUGCACGAACUGUUGCUAUAACGUUAUUACACCGAGUAAUGGUAUGGAAGAAAGAUUUAAUUGGGUCAUGUUUGACAGGCAGUGCUCGCGU